ACGAUUCAGCGGCUAGGGUAGGUAUACUUGAUAAGUAUACCAAGUUGAACUUAAUCCAAAACUUGAGUACAUAAAAUUGAUGAUUAAUGCAAGUACAUUAGUUUGAGAAGUAAGCACUAGAGUCAAUUAUACAUCUAGAGUGUACAUACCGUACGUGUACAAUCUAACCAGCUACAAAGUGUUCUUUAUCAAUCAAGAUUAUUAGUGUAAGUUCACUUCAUUUCAGAGCAGUUAAAGGAAUUUCAUAAAUAUUAGUAGCAACAAUGCCACACCUACCUCCUUGUGUAAUUGAUGUAGGAACAGGAUAUACCAAGUUGGGUUUUGCUGGUAAUAAGGAACCUCAACUUGUGAUACCAUCAGCAAUAGCAAUAAAAGAAACAGCAAAAGUUGGGGAUAAUACUGCAAGACGUGUUACAAAGGGUAUUGAAGAUUUGGAUUUUUAUAUUGGUGAUGAAGCUUUUGAAGCUACAGGAUAUGCUGUUAAGUAUCCAGUCAGACAUGGUCUAGUUGAAGAUUGGGAUUUGAUGGAACGUUUCUUGCAACAAUGUAUAUUCAAGUAUCUAAGAGCAGAGCCAGAAGAUCAUUAUUUUCUAUUAACUGAACCUCCUUUAAAUACACCUGAAAAUCGUGAAUAUACAGCAGAAAUUAUGUUUGAAUCAUUCAAUGUUUCUGGACUGUAUAUUGCAGUUCAAGCAGUAUUAGCUCUUGCAGCCUCUUGGAUGGCUAAAACUGUUGAAAAUAGAAGGUUAACUGGUAUUGUUGUUGAUAGUGGUGAUGGAGUUACUCAUGUCAUUCCUGUUGCUCAAGGUUUUGUUAUAGGAAGCUGCAUUAAGCACAUUCCAAUAGCUGGUCGUGAUAUUACAUAUUUUAUUCAAAGUCUUUUAAGAGAUAGAGAAGUUGGUAUCCCCCCAGAACAAUCAUUAGAAACAGCAAAAGCAAUCAAAGAAAAAUUUUGCUACAUCUGUCCAGACAUUGCUAAAGAAUUUGCAAAGUUUGAUAGUGAUUCCAGUAAAUUUGCAAGAUAUGAAGGAAUGAAUAACAUUACAAAACAAUCUUUUGCUGUUGAUGUUGGUUAUGAAAGAUUUCUUGGCCCAGAAAUUUUUUUCCACCCUGAGUUUUCAAACCCAGAUUUUACAACACCUCUGAGUGAGAUAGUAGAUGAUGUUAUUCAAAAUUGCCCCAUAGAUGUAAGACGACCACUUUAUAAUAACAUAGUUCUGUCUGGGGGGUCAACAAUGUUUAAAGAUUUUGGAAGGCGAUUACAAAGGGAUAUAAAGAAAACUGUCGAUGCUCGUUUGGAAUUGAGCAAGACUCUAAGUGGAGGACACAUUACUCCAAAACCUGUUGACGUUCGUGUGAUAUCGCAUCAUAAACAACGCUGUGCAGUUUGGUACGGAGGUGCUUUAUUAGCUAGUGAUCCCGAAUUCUAUGCAGUUUGCCACACAAAAGCCGAUUAUCAAGAACAUGGCCCAGGCAUUUGUCGUUACAAUCCCGUCUUCCGCAGCAUGAUAUGAAAGAUAUAUUGUUAUAGUAUUAAAGUUAUUAACACCUGUCAUAAACACAAUAUCUACUUAUGAGACUAAAAAUUUCGUAAUGAUUAAGCAUUUACUAGUAAAUAAAAUCUUUGUAUUAAAAAAUUUUUAACAAAUCAAUACAAAUGAAGCUGUUGCUUUUUUAAAUAUUAUACUUCACCUACAUUUGCUUAUUAAUUUCUUAAAAAAUAUGUUAACAUCUCUUAAGUACGUAAUUUUUUUUUUAUAAAAACAAUCUAAUUUUAAUUC